AUGUCCGAGUCCAUUGAUGCAACCUCCGACAUCGACCAGGACCUGCCGGCCGAGCUCCCCGAGCUCCAGUUCCGGGCAGAACCGGCGGACCUUGCCUCGGCGCCCCGGCUCUGCCUGGAAGAAGAGCGCCAUCAGCCAUCCCCAAGGACGACUUCAUCGUCGUCCAGUAUCGUGGGGCGAGUUGAGCAGACGUCCUCCAUCGAGCCAAUCCGGAGGAUCAGCCAGGAGGUCCCUGGCCCCAUCGAUGCACACGCAGCGCGAGGCUCCAUCGACAGCGCAGCCGAUGCGGAGUCCGAGUCGGAGACGUCCCUCUCACAAGGGGCGCCUGGCAUCGAGCCGGCCGGAAGCAAGCCGGCAGAACGCGCAGAGGCUCGGUCUGGCGAUGGAAGCUCUGAGAUCGACGAGCUGGAGGCCUGCACAAGCCCUGCCAACCUUUACACUGCAGCCGAGACCGCGCACGUCGCCUUGGAAGGUCCGACUACUGCGGCUUCCAGCACAGAGCACGGGGCUGUGGCGAGUAUCCAUGGCCAGACCGUUGAGGAUGGCCGUGGGCGCAAGGCUGAGGAUGAAUCCUCCUACACCUACGAGGAGAGCUUCAGUGACCCAGGGAGUUCGACUCCUCGGCAGCGUGAGGAGGAGGAGAGCCUCAGCGAGGAUGCAAGCAGUGAGCAAGACCUGGUUGUUGCGCUGGAAGACAUCGAGUCCUCUUCCGGUUCCAGCUCAGGGCGGAGGCCAAGGCGUACGGAACAGCCGCGAAUUUUAGAGACUGAGUGA